AUGUCAGAAGCUUCCGCCGGGACCAAUCGUGAAGGAAUGGGAUCGUUAACAUGGAAAUCUGUGAGAGACAGGUUCAAAAAACUCAUUGCAGAUCGCCGACGAAAGAACAAAAACAACUUGAAUGCAUCAGGAAUUAUUGAGGUUAGGGGGGAGAAAGAGGUACUUUUGGACGAUCUGUUGCUCGAAAUUGAUGAGCAUGAAGAAAGCAAACGCAUAGAGAAAGAAGACAGAAAUGCCAAAGAGCGUAGGUUAAUGGAGGCGGGGAGAUUAAUUCGCGCACAGGCGUUGCAGCGGCAUACAAACUCCGGCAGCUCUCGUGGAUUGGACUCAGCUGGCGAGGGGGCAGUAGACGAUGAGGAAAUAUCAGCAAACGCCGAACGCAGGAAAAAUACCAGUAAACGUCGCCGCGUAUUGUGUGACUCAGACGGAGAGGAAAAAGUACUCAUGAUACAAGACAUGGAGGCACGCAGGGAAGCAGAAAAGAAAAGACUGGAUUUAGAAUCUAGACGUCUAGAACUGGAGCAAAAGCGCGAGCAACGACAACAAGAAGCCUCUGAACGUCUUGCCAAAGCUGAAGAACGCAAAAUACUAAUUGAGGAACGAAAAAUUGGGGUCGAGGAACGCAAAGCGGAAAUAGAUAUUGAGAAACGAAAAGAGGCCAUUAAAGAACGCAGUAGUCUAGUCAGCGUUCUCACAGCACUUUGUAGAAAGCUUAACGAUUAG